UCUCCCAUAACCACUCUAAAGCUUAUUUUGCUGAUAUUACUAUAUGCGAUCUGUUGCAGAUCUUUACAAAAUUACUUGAAUGAUCAGUCUCUCAAAUCAGAGUUUCAUAAUCUGCAAUCGAUCCAUUUCUUCACAUUCAAUCCAAUUUCAAAAGAAAUUUCUCCAUACACAGAUCUACUUCAGUUUCCAUGGCAUCUUCUUCCCAACAAGAACCCCACCCCUCACUAUAUCCGUACAACGACGACGAUCCUCUGCCGGCCGUAGACGACGAAUCGAACGACGGCGACGAGGUACAGCAGGUCAGAAUCGAGGCGAUUCCACACUACCUUGAUCUCGAUGCUUCCGCUUCCAUCUCUUCACUCUACGUUUUAAUUAAACUGGUUGCGCCGCCGAUGUCUGAAUUCCGGCAAGAGCUCCGGCAUGCUCCGAUCGACCUCGUUAUAGUGCUCGAUUCGAGCCAAUGCAGAUACGACGACUCGUAUAUGGUUCACAUCAAAGAUGCACUUCAUUUCGUUAUACAGAAUUUAGACCCCUUCGACCGGCUUUCAAUCGUGUCGUUCGCGAAUCGAGCUCGGAUAAUUUUUCCAUUGCGCGAAAUGAAUGGCAGCGGGCGAAAACUUGCGGCGGCAGCAGCCGAGUCGAUCGUCGUGAAAGGCGGCUCGGCGAAUCUAGCCGACGGGUUGAAACAGGGGAUUCGAGUUCUUGAGGAAAGGCGCGACAACAAUCAGUUUGCUAGUAUUAUACUUUUAUCCCACGCGCCGCAAGCGUCGCCGAUUCGCGACAAACAUUUUCAGUUUCCUAUUCACGCCUUCGGCAUUGGCGGAGACCAUGACGCUGUCGCAAUGCACGCGGCGUCGGAUAAAUCCAAGGGCAGCUAUACGUUCCUCGAGUCGUAUGCAAGAGUUCUUGGAGCGAUUUCUAGCUGCAUGGGAGGUCUUCUCAGCGUCGUCGCGCAAGAUCUUCGCGUAACCGCAGUGGUGACCUCACCGGUAGAAAUCAAAGAGGCGUACGCCGGAGGGUUCGAAGGAAUCAAGUCCGGAAAAAACCAUCAAGUUACAAUAUGCGCCGGGGACUUCUACGCCGAUCAGAAAAAGGAAUUCGUCGUCCGUAUAGCGAUCCCUCCGCAGUUUUGCGAAUACAACGACGGAUUUGGAAAGGCGCCGGUGGUGAAUGUCGUGUGUUUAUACAACGAUUUGGUGUCGCAAUUCUCGGUGUUGGUAAAUUGCCCCUUACUCGAGCUAGACCAGGCAACGACGACGUACUUGCCGGACGAAGAAUUUCUACAUGGAAAUGAGAUUCAUGCAUUCUUUGCCUGCCUUAUUUGCACACAUCGGAUCGAACUUGCUCGAUCGUAUCUAGAGGAGGGAAAUGUACGGAAUGCGAAGGCGAUUAUUUCAAAAACGAUACGUUUCCUCAGCUCCUUAUCUUUCGCUGAUUGUGAUGAUCGAUGCCGUUGGGCUUUGGCAUCGCUGCGCGAUAUUCGACGAAGAAUAGGAAGUCUGGAGAAGUACAAAGCCAGGGGACGAGCUUAUAUGCUCGCGACUCUAAGUUCGCUCAAGUUUCAAAGGGCGACGACAAGAGGCGAUCGAAUUCCCAUAGCAUUCACGAUGCGAGAAAAAGCUUCCGACGAGUACGACGCAGCUCCUAAAAAGAUGAAAGACAGUUUUAUUACCGACGGAAAUUGCAUCGGAGAUUGGAUGAUUUCUAAGGACUGAUGCUGAAACUUUCGCCAUGCAGCCAUUGUUGUCAUCCCUGCAAGCUUUCCAUUUACAGAAUAGUAAAGCAACUUUUUCAUCGGAAGCAGUCUGGAUUACAGUGAAGAAUGGUUGUUAUAGAUGAUCUAUGGAAGGAUUUAAAACAUCU